UUAGCCGACGCUGGACCUAAGCAAUUGGAGCAAAUGCAGCAAUCUAUCAAUGAAGCGAAAACGCGCGCCACUGAGAUAAGGCACGUGGUAAAAACAGUAGAACAUGCCGCCGGGAAACUUCAAGUUCAGUACCAUAAAGCUCAAAAUGAAAUUAACGAUACCUUCCAAUUCUACCGUUCUAUGCUUGAAGAGCGGAAGCAAGAGUUGUUAAAAGAACUCGAAAGUGUAUUCUCGACAAAACAAAUAGCACUGACCGUUGUAGGACAAAAGGCUCAGGAGACGGUUGACAAAAUUUACCAAACGUGUGACUUUGUGGAGCGACUGACGAAAUGCGCUAACAUCGCUGAAAUAUUGAUGUUCAAAAAAUUAUUAGAUAGUAAACUACAAACGCUAAUGAGUACAAACCCGGAACAAAGCGUACAAACAGCAUGUGAGCUCGAAUUCGUCUCAAACUAUCAGGCCAUUCAAGUUGGAGUACGAAACACUUUCGGAUAUGUGCGCUCCAGCUCAGAAGCAAACAUUGGUCCAUCUAAACAGCCACCGAUUGCGCGCCCAACGAAUGGCUCUUUGUUAAAUGGUGGUUCAUCUUCUAGCAGCAGCAGCGUGAAUGGAAGUUCUGGAAGUUUGAAUGGAGGAAUCCAUCUACCAACAGGACUGAAUGGCGUU